AUGACUGGAGAAACAGAAAUACCAGACACAGGUGCUGUAUUUACCUUUGGAAAGAGUAAAAUAGCAAACAAUGCGCCCAGCAGGUUAUGGCUGAAGAGUGAUAUACCUGUGCACAUCUCAUGUGGGCAGUCACAUUCAGCCUUUGUAACAGAGCAGGGUCGUUUGUUUGUGUUUGGAGAUAAUAACAGAGGCCAGCUUGGUCUGCAAACCAAAGGACCAGUGACUAAACCGGUCUGUGUUAAAGUUCUUAAAGGUGAAAGAGUGCAGUCUGUUGCCUGUGGGACAGAUCAUACACUCGUAAGCACCUCACAAGGAGAAAUACUUGCAGCUGGAGGAAACAGUGAUGGACAGUUGGGAUUGGGCCACUGUAAAGACAGCUUCUCUUUCCAGCGGCUCCGCCCCUUUUGUGACUACACUCCAAUCAGAUUGCUCUCUGCAGGUGACCACACCUCUGCUGCACUUACAGAAGAUGGCAGGUUGUUCCUGUGGGGUGAUAACUCUGCGGGUCAGCUUGGAUUUGGAAAUGACAGCCAUGCCUUAUUGCCUAAAGAGCUAAAAUUGGGGCAAUCCGUUCACUGGGUCUCAUGUGGAUACAGACACUCGGGUCUGGUCACAGAUAGCGGGGAUGUUUACACUUUUGGGGAAAGUGCAGAUGGACGGUUGGGUCUCUCUGCUCAUCAGCUGGCGAAUCACAGUCAUCCUCAGCGGGUUGAGUCUCUGCACAGCGUUCUGCGGGUGGCAUGUGGAGGAAAACACACACUCGCCCUCACAGAGGACGAGUUAUAUUGCUUUGGCGGUGGAGAGUUUGGACAGUUGGGGUUAGGAACGCUUGUGUUUGUAGCAGAUUCACCGGUGGCUGUCGGCCAUUUCAGGAAAGGCAGAGUCACUCAUGUCACAUGUGGAGAACAGCAUAGUGCACUUAUAACAGAUAGUGGUCUUCUGUACACGUUUGGAGAUGGCCAUCAUGGGAAGUUAGGCCAUGGAGAUGAAAACUUCACCAAUCAGUUCAGUCCAACUGUGUGCCAGAGGUUCUUUGAAUACUCAGUCAUGACUGUGGCAUGUGGUUCCAGUCAUAUGCUGGUGUUCGCACGGCCACGGCAACAGGAAAGUGAAGAAGUUUGUUUGGAGGAUGAAGACGUGACCUACUCUUACCUGGACAGGUGUUAUACCUCAAUGUUACAGGGGCAACCAUUAGAGCAUAUUCCAGACCCUGAAUCUGCUCUCAGUUCACAAUCAAACUUUCUCUCCUCACCUCUUCCAACCUCUCACCGCUGGAGCCUAUCAACACGUGCCAGACGCAGACAGAGGGAGAGCUCAUCUGCACAGUUUGGUCCAGAAUUUAGCAAUCUUCCUCCUCUUACAACCAGCUAUACUGCACUAGCUCUAUCAGGCACCAUCCUACAGCCCAGAUCUUCAAAAAGCACUCCAAAACACAUUAAUACUGAUGCCCCUGUGGAUAUCUCCAUCACAGUUCAUGCCAAGGAACCUUCAUUCACACCCAUCACCAAGAGCCCAGAGGACUGCCAGUGUGUUGAAACAUCUGAAAACAGCCUGUCAAACAAGACUUCUGCUGGAAGGGAAGAGAAUGUUUCUCAGCAGGUCCUGCCCACUGAAUUACAGGAUCCUUCUGUUUCACAUCCAUCAAUAACAGAAUCUCAAUCAUCAAGCAAUCUAAUGCUAAAGAAGCCCAGGUCUGGAGAUGUAGAGAACACUGCAGAAGUGGAGGAACAUUCUUCUGUUACAGCACUACGAAGCAAAGUGCAACCCAAAACAAACAAAAAAACUAUCCAGAGUACAAAUAAUAAAUAUAAAGAUCAAGUAGAAGUCAAAUCAUCUCCAGAUGGAAUAUCAGCAAAAGAAAAUGAGGGACUUGAUGAAACUUGCAGUACUAAUUUUGAUUUAAAGGACGCCGUUUCAAAAGCAGACACAUAUAGUAAAGAUUGCAGAGGUGAAGAGGUUAUUACUCUUUCUGAUACAGAGCAAGAGACCAAGUCAAGUUCAAUUAAGAUUCAACAGGCAAGUUCUUCAGUUCAGGAAGUUGAAAAAGUUAGAACAACACCCACAAGCACUCAAGAGGUUCAAUCUCCUAAAACCAAAGAGGCUGGUAUUUCAGCAAAAGCCUCAAAAAGGGUUAAGUCACCAAUCAAGGUUAGAGAAAUGCCCACUGGUGAGAUGGAAGUUAGUAAAGUCAAACCAACACCUCAAAUAGGUGCUCAAAGUGACGUUGAGCCUUCCAUUGAAAAGGUUGGAUUAACACUGAUCGACACACAGGAACAAGGGAACUUAACACCACACAAAAUUAUAGCCGAAAUGCAAAGCACUCCAGAAAAAGGAAAUGGAAGGAUAAUUGUUGACACCCCUAGUGAUCAUACAGCAAAGAAAGCAAAAAAGAAGAGAACCGCUGUGGAAAGAGGCCCAAUCGCAGAACCAUCACCCAAAACACCCAGCCCUCCAUCAGUUUCCAUACCCGCACGAAUGUCCAAAGUAAAAAAGGAGAAUGCUGUGGAGCCUGAAAACUCAAGUUUGCAGCUUAGAUCUGUAAUGCAAGCACAAGAAGCAACAGAAAAAGGGGAAAAGGAGAGCAUAACACCUCAGAGCUCAGAGAAUAUAUCUUUUCCUCCAAUAAAGAGCAAAAAAUCAGCUGCAGAAAAAAGCCAAUCAGCUUCCACCCUGCAGUCUGACCAUAAAAAUAGCCAGUCACCCACCGACAAAGCCCUUGCUGAACAGAAACAUGAAUUUCCAUCUAUUAAAAGCUUAGCUCCAGAGAGAAGCCGCUCAGUUUCCAAUUUAUGGUCCAAUAACCAAUCAGCAACCAAUAAAUCUUCCACCGCAAAAGCAACUGAAUCUGGUAAACUGUUCAGUUCAACAAGUUCAUCACCGCAGCUCAGGCACUCACCGCUUAACAAAAGGAAAUUGAAAACUGUUGAACCUAAAGAGCCAGUUUUGGUAACAGAGACCCCUCAUCAACAGUCUGAGCAGACCCUUAUGGGUAGUGUAGUUUCAGUGCUACCAGCUAUGGCUAUAGCUAGUGCUGCACCAUUACUGAUAAAAGCAGCUGAGGUUCUCUCUGAAACUUCACUAGUACAAAGUAAUGAGAUGUCUUCAUGUGCAUCGGCAUCUCAGGAAACAGCAGGAAAUAAGAUCCUGCCAGAGCAGGAAGUGGAACAGGACAGCACAGUUCAAGAUAUAUCAACAAUCGAGGAAACAGAUGACAACAGAAACAAACAGCAGAUCAUAGAGGACUUACAGAAUGAGCUAGUUUCAGAUGAAGUGUGGAGAGAUGAUAAUGGAAAGAUGGAUGAUGAUGAAGAUGAGAAAGGAGGUGAGACAGAAGGAGAAGAAAAAGAGAGUGUUGCUGAGGAGGAGGAUAAAAGUGAUGGUUGUGGGAAGGAAGAGGAAGACGAUGCUUUUGUAGACGAACCUGAAGUAGAGCGUGAGAAUGCUCAAAAAGGAGGAGAGGACAGUGAGGAAGAGGAGGGAGAAGAAGAGGAAAAAGAUGCAGUUGGACAGGAAAAGGGUGAUGAUUAUGGUGGAAAGAGCAGUGAAAUUGAGGGAGAGAAGAGUGAAGGAGGAGGAAGUGGAGACAUGGCUGAAAGUGAAGAGGGGGAGGAAAGUGGAGGACAAGAGGAAGAAGAAGGGGAAACUGAAGAUAAAGAUGCUGAAGAUGAGGAAGAAGAGAGAGAAAGCGGGGAUGAAGACAGUGAGGGGCAGAUUGAGGAUGAGGAGAAAUCCGAUGCUGAGGAAGGAGAGAGCAGUAAUGAGGAGGAAACUGAAGGAUCUGAGAGUGAGGAUGUUAGCAAGAAUGAUCGAUCUGAUGAAGAGGAAGGCGAAAGUGAAGUAAAUGGGAGUGAGAGAGAGGAAGAAGAGGAUGUAGAGGAAGGAGAACAGGAAGAGAGUGGGGUUGGAAAUGAGGAUGAGGAGGAAAAUCAGGAAGAGGAAGAGGAAAACCAGACAAAAGAGGAAGAAGAAGAGGAAAAUAAUGAAGAACUGACAGAAGAGGACAAAAGCGAAGACGAGGAGGGAGAAGAGAGUCUGAUAGAGAAAGAAGAGCAGGAGGUGGAAGAUGAAGAUGAGGAAAAAAUGUCAGAUGAAGGCAGUGAAAGACAGGAAGGAGGUGAACAAAUUGAGGAAGAAGAUGAAGAGGGUGAGAAAGAGGGAAAAAUGGAAAGUAGUGAAGUGACAUUCAGGGAAGAGGAAAAGACACAGCACAGCACAGAGACACAGCAAACAGAUGAUGAAGAAAAUAAAGAGGACAAAAGUGAAAAUGAGGAAGAAGAAGAUGAUGAUGAUACCGACAAGCAGGAAGAGAGACGUGGAGGGAGCGAUAGAGAAACUGAGGAAGAAGAAGAGGAUGAAGAAGCAGAACAGAAAGAAACCAGUGAAGAAGAAGAACAGGCAGAGGGGAGUGAAGAAGAGGAGGAGGAAUCAGAGAGAAACAGUGGAAAAACAAGAGAAUCUAGUGAGGAAGAAGAAGAACUGGAAGAAAAUGAGGAAGAUGAGGAGGAGGAGGAAGCAGAAUGGAAAGAAAAGAAACGGAGAGAAUCUAGUGAAGAGGAAGAGGAAGAAGGCGAGGAAGAAGAGGAGGAAGAAGAAGCAGAGCAGAAAGAAAAUGUUAAAAAAGAUAAACAUAGCAGCAAGCUGAGGGAAAAUGAAGAUGAGGAAGAAGAGGAGGAAGAGGAGGGUGAAGAAGAGGAAGAAGAAGAGGGUGAAGAAGAAGAGGAUGAACCUAAAAAUGAAAAUAAAAAUAUAAAAACUGGGAAAGAUGGGAGAAAACACAGGACAAUUACUGAAGAUGAUGAAGAAGAAGAGGGAAAUGAAGAGGAGGAAGAAGAAACUAAGCAAGAAAAAAAGAAUAUAAUAACUGAGAAAAAUAGACGCAAACAGACAGAAACUAGUGCGGAGGAAGAAGAAGAGGAAGAAGAGGGUGAGGAAGAAGAGGAGGAUGAGGAGGAAAGUGAGGAGGAAGAAGGUGAAGAGGAAGAUGAAAGUGAGGAAGAGAAAGAAAAGACCAAGAAAAUAACAAAACAGAAAGGCAAACCUAAUGUGUUACCUGCACGCCGGCAGACAAAUGGACAGACAGAAACACAGAAAACUAGGCAAAGAGGCAAACAGAAUGUUAAAAUGAGGAAGCAAACAGAUGGUGCUCAGGACCCUCAGUUCUGGAACAAUGUCCUUCCGCAGUAUCUAAACCUUAAAUGAUUCUGCACACAGACACGCUCAGGGAAAUAAGACUGGCCUGAACAUCUGCCUGCACACUUACAGUUUACAGACAUUGACAUUUUCAAGCCCGGGACACACCAAACCAUCAGGCAAUGUCAGGAGGUUGUAGAGCAUGGUUUAGCUUUGGGUUUUUUCAGUGUAUUCUGCAGCACUGGCUCUAGUCAGAUGUCAUCGGCUGUUUUCUGGCAGAUUCUGCAUGUCGAAUUGGAGGUAGAGAGGUGAAGAGGUGUGUGUUCUAGUCACUAGUGCAUCUUAUUUUGCCUUCUGUAAAUUAAGGGGGCCUAUAAUGCCCCUUUUUACAUGAUCUAAAAUAAGUCUG